UCCUGAUGGCAAAGGUAAGAAUUCCUUUUUGUGUCGGUUAUCACCGGCUAAAGAAACCCUCAUGAAAUACCAAUAUGUAUAAUUAAGCCCCCAAAUUCCCUAUUUAUAUUCAAUCAUGGAUUAGUUUUCAUAUUUCAGUUUGGUCAAGGAAUUAAUACUCUAGUUUUUGCAAAUGGGCAAUUGUGGGUUGAAAGGAUGUGGACAAGUGGAAGAAAUGGUCAAAGUUGUGACAUGUAGCGGCGGUGUCAUGGAGCUUUACGCACCCAUCACGGCGGAGUGCAUAACAAACGAGUUCCCUGGCCAUGCCAUCUACCGCAGCCGCGAUCUCUUAUCUCCCCCGCUCCUCCACAACGAACAGCUACACGCAGGCCAGCUUUACUAUCUACUCCCACUCAACAACACGUUACGAAAGCAAACCAGUGAGAACGACGCCAUGUUAGGGACGCCAUAUCGGGUGUCAUUUGAUAGUCAAAGGGUGGUGAAGAGAGCGGAGGCGGAGGUCAUGCCUAGGUAUAAUGGGAGCGGGGUGUGGAAGGUAAGGCUGGUGAUAAAUCCAGAGCAGCUGGCGGAUAUACUGACACAGGAGGCGCGUACGGAGGCGUUGAUAGAGAGCGUGAGGACGGUGGCCAAGUGUGGUGGCAGCGGGGUGUCGUCGGUGGGGAAUUCUGAUAAGUGGAGCAUGUCUAGUGGUUGGAAGGGAUCAUUUGGUUGGAGACGAGAAGAUAGUAUUUAGAAUAUAGUACCAAAAGAAAUUAUAUCCCCUUGUAGUGGCUUGAUUUAAUUCUUCUACUGUAUUUUAUCAAGAAAAUUAGGAAAAUGUGAGUAUGAAAUCAGGAGGAAAUACACAAUCUCUUGCAAAACUUUUUUAGUUUCUAGUGGUGAAACGUUCCUCUGUGUGUGUGUGUGUUUGAUAAGCAAGAAGAAGAAA